AUGGCGGCUGCAAUGGCGGAAUUGACUCGCCAAAACCAAGAGUUAAGAAUGGAGAUCAAUCAGAGAAGACAGACACGUGAGGAACGUGAAGGAGGAGGACAAACACAAGGUCAUGGCGACAGAGAAAAUCCUGAGAUUGGAAGUCAGUUAAGAGGCAUCACUUCACGGACGCUGACCAUAGAGCAAGGGGAGAACGAAAGCCUGCGGUCAUUCAUCACUCACUUCAACAGAGAAGCCCUUAGUGUGGAUGAGGUAGACGACAAGCUUCUGUUGGCGGCCAUCCACAACGAGAUUAAUUCUGAUUUAUUUAUCCACAAGCUAUAUGAGAAGGAGCCUCAAACUAUGGCUGAGCUCGUCCAUUCGGCUCAGAACUUCAUGAAUGCAGAAGAUGCGAUCAUAGCUAAGAAGAGGAAAAGAGCUGAAAGGAUGGAAGCGCACCCAGCACGCCACUUAGAACAAGGCCCUCGUCCAAAGAAGGGACAAACGGAAGAUAAGAAGGAACGAGAUAACAGGAAGACGGGUCCUUUGGGAAGAAGCCAGAACUAUACGCCCCUGAACGCUCCACUUGAUCAGGUGCUCAUGCAAAUCAAAGAUGACCCUUCCCUAAAAUGGCCAGAGAAGAUGAAGGGAGAUCCCAAUAAGCGCAAUAAGAGUAAAUAUUGUCGCUUCCACAGGGACCAUGGGCAUGACACGGAUGAAUGUUAUGACCUGAAACAGCAGAUUGAGAAUCUUAUUAGACAAGGAAAGCUGAGGCACUUCGUUGGAAGGGAUCAUAGAGAUGAGAAGUUGAAAGGAAAAAUGGAGGAAUCGUCCCGGCCCCCACUAGGAGAGAUAAGGAUUAUCAUUGGAGGAAGCUCGAUGGGGCAAUCUUCCAAGUCGAAGAAGACGUAUCUCAAAGUGGUGCAAAACGUCCAGCUCUCUGGACGAUCACCAAGGACGAGACAAAUGGACGAGCCGACCAUCUCCUUCACCAACGAAGAUGUUGAGAGGAUCCACCACCCGCAUGACGAUGCGAUUGUCAUUACUCUGCUUAUUGCAGAUUACACAACCAGAAGAGUGUUAGUUGACAAUGGAAGCUCAGCAGACAUAUUGUACUACCCAGCCUUCCAACAGAUGAGUUUUGGGCGAGAUCAACUUCGUCCAGUUUGCUCACCAUUGGUAGGGUUCGGAGGAAUGAAGGUGCAGCCCGUAGGCACCAUUACAUUACCAAUAGUGGUAGGGUCAUACCCGUAG